UUUUUUUUGACAGGAAAAUUACCAAAACAGACUUGAGUAGAGUAUCACAUUUCCCCAAUCUCUCGGAGUGAUACAAACUCUUUCCUCUUUCUCUGCUCCCUCCGAUUCUCCGUCGCCGUCACCGUCACCGUCACGUCCAGUCCGGCCAGCCACGCCAUUCCCGUACGGUUCGUUUCUUGUCGUCACAGUCACAAACAGAAAUGGUUAUCCCACCUCCAGUCAGGCCUCCUAGGAUUACAAACUUUCUCAAACCUUAUGUUCUGAAGAUGCAUUUCACAAAUAAGUUUGUGACUGCUCAAGUGAUCCACACCCCAACUGCUACUGUAGCCUCUUCUGCAAGCUCACAGGAGAAAGCCUUGAGGUCAAGCUUGGAAACCACUCGGGAUGUUGCUGCAGCUGCAAAGAUCGGGAAGCUACUUGCGGAGCGACUUUCACUUAAGGAUAUUCCUGCUGUUUCUGUUCACUUGAAGAGAGAACAGAGGUAUCAUGGAAAAGUAAAAGCGGUAAUUGACUCUCUCAGGGAAAAUGGUAUUAAGCUACUUUGAAUCAUGAUUUUUGUGUGUUUUGUUGUACAUGAGAGAAAUCAACUUUGUUGAACUUUGUCUUCUGCCAAUGAGGGAUCAAAGGUUUUGUAUUAUGUUGGUAGAAAAUAAGAAUGCUAAUUAAACCGGAA